AGACCUAAGAACCCAACACAUCAUCGUCCUCCGACCAGCAGACUCCUCUGACAAGAUGGGCAACCUCUUCACGUAUUCUGCGAGCAGCUCUCCUCAGGAGCAGCUGCUCAUGAUGCAGCAGGCGGCUGGCAUGGAGACUGACGUGGAUAUAGAUUCCCUUCCUAGUUAAGGCUAGUUUUUUACAUUUUUUAAUAUCCCUAAUCCCCUGGAGAGUGGCUAAGUGCAUUCAUUCAUUCGUCCCAUUUCUGUGAACUAAGCAUAUGCUGAGUGGAUUCCUUCCGUCCCGUUAGAAAUCAAGGGGAAACUAACGGGGGAACCACUCAACCAGUGCCAAGAAUCGUGAAAAACUACCUCUAACCAAGGAAUCGCUUGAGAGAUCCUUUUGACAAGGAGUUCUUCGAUGCUGCGAAAGGGAUUUGCGCGGCUAGUAUUAUGUCUUUUCGUUUUUUCCUGUAAAAGUAAGUAAUCCAGCUCCAUCUCAAUAUUGCUUAAGUACAGCAUUGCUAUGUCAUGAUAAUUUCAAGAAGCCUUACAUCUUCAUCUUGGUGUCGCUAAGUUGUGCCUUUCUGUUUCUACUUACUUUCAAGGGAGUAAAAGCAUUCCUCGGAGCUAUCUAACACUACUGCAGCAGCGACAGCGAGUGUCAUACUGAAUCCGUUCGACGUGGUCAAAGUACGCCUACAAGUGCAGCAUCAACUCCAAAAGGAUGUAGCGCAGAAGUACUAUCGGGGAACGGUGCGCGCUCUUUUUAAGGCCCAAUGAUCUUCGGUGUGCACAGAUUUGUUCUACAGAGUAUUUUUAUCAAUCGCGAACAAUCUACUUGUCUUAUAAAUUAUCGGAUUUAGAAAGACGACCCAGCACCUAUACUCAUACACGACAUCUGCGACACCCUCUCCUCGACCCCUUUAAUGUUUUCCGGAUAGCAACAGAGGAUGGCGUAGUCCGCGGAUUGUGGGCACCUGGCCUACCAGCAAGUGUUUGCAGGGAUAUUCUAAAUCUAUGGGGCGAGGAGGUGUUUCAACAAAAAUGGUUCCAGAUAUUCAAGCUAGGAGGACUAAUCACAUAGUGAAACUGAUAGUGGAGAUAUGACGAGGCACGAGCAACGCGAUGAACAUAAAAUCUUAAUCUUCUCAAAAGAGAUAAUAGAACCCGCCUGCUCUACUUUUGUUUAGCUUCGUCUUCUAAUCAACGGCGGUCUCAGAGUAGGCAUGUAUCCCGCUGUAAGGGACACGCUGGAGGAUUUUCGGUGGGCUGAACCAGACUCAGCAGCCUUGUCAUUUUCAGCAGGCUUGCUCACAGGCACAUUUGGCAGCUUCGUAGCGAAUCCUUUUGACCUGAUAAAAACGCGCUUUCAAGCUGAGGGUGGUAGAUUGGAGCGCGUUUCUUUAGAUCCACAAUCAAUGCAGGAUCUGCCUCAGACAGAGCAAGCAAGCAGGACUCGUUGGGAGCCAGGGACCGGCACAACGGUCGAGCACGAUCAGCUCGUCACACGCGACGCGCAUUUACGGCGUGCGAAAAACCUACCUCCAGCGGCGGUGGCGAAAGCAAAAAGGGUAGACGCGAUGCUACAGCGGCAGUAUCCGAACUACCCCUACAACGUGCCACCGAGUAACCGGGAACUGGCCGACUUAGAAGGGGCUACGGCAGAAGCGGGAGCAAUGCAUAGCGGUCCUUCUUCAUCUUCUAUACCAUCACAGACCGGCACCUCUACAACAUCAACCGCGUCAAGUACUAGUAGUGGAAGUGGCAAACAGAAGUACAAUCUGCGCUGGUUUUCAUCGUGCAGUCGUGGUGCUUCAUCAAGAAGCACAAUGCCUUCCGUGUAUAGAAGCAGUACUGGUGCACCAUCAGCAUCAAGCUGUAUAUCAUCGCCUACUACAACAAGCCUUUUCAGCAGCGUGACUACAAGAAGACACCUCCCAAGGGCCACGACUCGCCAGGUUCUCACCUCCGCACGUCGAACCUUUCUUGAGUACCUCAUAGCGAGACAAAAGAGAAAGGACGUCUUGAACUUCUUUCUGCAGAGUGGAAAGGAUUAUAAGCUUGUUUACGCCACAGGCCUCUACAAGGGAUCUGAGCCACAGUUUCGGAACACGUGGGAAGCCUUCCUAGGUCUGCAAGCUGAUCGGCAUCUAUUUCGAGGGGUCUUUCCGAAUAUGGUAAGGGCAGCACUGGUCACGGCAGCGCAGAUAACGUCAUACUUAAGACAGCCCCGAUAACAUCGCAGGCAUAUUUUUAGAUAGAAGAGAUACAUAGAAUUGAAGUCAGUUUCCGGAGAUACACCCGUAUGUUGGUCGUUAGAGAUGCGACGAUGACGAAUACAUAGGGGACUGACUACAAAAUGAAAACGUCCCCGGAUGAUGAGCAGAAGACAGGAAGACAGCACCCCCUCUAGGUUAUCUAACCUGAGACCGCAGCAAGCAGUAUUUGCGAAAGGAGUAUCAGAUGGAACAGGGUCCAGCGAUGUUUGCGAUUUGUGGCGCGAUUAGCGGUCUCUGUUCGAGUGUCAUUUCGGCCCCCGUCGACAUUGUGAAAACGAGGGUCAUGAACGACAGACCGGUGGGACUUAUGGUAGGGCAAGAAUCGGAAGGAUUCCAAUUCAAAGGAUCUCGGAAAUGCCUACUUGCGACGAUCAAUAGAGACGGAAUUUUUGCGCUCUAUCGUGGUUUUGUAGCAACCUAUCUUCGACUGGGGCCGCAUUUCGUGCUCGGUUGGCCGUUGUUAGAAUGCAUAAGGCGGAACGUUUUUGGCUUGGAGUAUUUCUAGCGAUUUUUGAAAGAUGAACGCAAGAAAGAGCGCUAAACAUGGAACUACGCGAUUCUUGAUAAUACGCUAUUGCCAAGUACUUAGCUCUGGAGUCCGUCACCAGGC